UGUUGGUAGGUCAAAGGUCAAGCAUAUCCCAACCCCCUAUAAAAGAUAAGUAAAGUUGACUGGAAGCAGCCGGCCCAAAGAAGCGACAGUCAAAGGCUUUGCAAGCUACCAACUGGAGGAGAAUGGAACAAGGAACAAAGCUUCACACAAAGGGACGCUUUAACAUUGGCAGAAACGCUGAAGUCGAUGGAAAUCUCUUCAAAUUCCGUGGUGAAGGUGGCAGAGUGGGCGUGGUCCGUAUUGUAGAGCCCUUGACUCCGAUGUUGAAUUAUUUCGAGUAUGAAAUUGUUUGUAAAGGAUCCAAGUGUGCCAUUGGUGUGGGAGUUGGAGAUCUGUCGUACCCUCUGGAGAGAAUGCCUGGCUGGAAUCGGAAUGGGAUCGGAUAUCACGCCGACGACGGACGCCUGUUCCACGAGAACGGGUAUGGAAAAGGUUUUGGACCCACUUGUACGGAGGGCGAUCGAAUGGGUUGUGGAGUCGACUACAAUGCUGAUGUUGGUGACGGUUACGUGGAUGUUUUUUUCACAAAGAAUGGGAAACGAGUUGGAGACUCUAUGAGAAUGAAACGGCCUGUAUACGGCUUGUAUCCAUUGAUUGGCCUCCAUAGCCAAAACGAAGUGGUUCGCUACCUUGGCCACUGGCAGAAGAACCCCGACAGUCUACUAGAGCCGAUGGUACAAGACCACUCCCCCUCAAGCACCUGGCUGAGAUCUAAUGGUGUCAAAUUUGUGGAUGAUGGCUGCACUAUUGAGUACACGGGAGACGGACUGAGCAAUCAAGAUGUGGGGAUCGCACAAGCUAACUUUCGAAUUGACAAGCAAAACCAUUAUUUUGAAAUGGACGUUUUGAGCUCUGGCAAGAAAGGCUGGUUGGCGCUCGGGCUAGCCAUCCCUACCUACCCUCUACACAGACACCCCGGGUGGAACAAAGGUUCGAUUGGCUACCAUGCCGAUAACGGACACAUGUACAAAGAGAGAGGACAUGGAGAGCCGUUUGGGCCGACUUGUACAGACGGUGACACUAUGGGCUGUGGAGUUAUCUUCUCAAAUUCCGAUUCCGAUGAUGUGUACCCUGACAGGCCGUUAUCUCCAGACUCGGACUCGGACAUUGAGGAUCCGGACAUGGUACGACUCGACCAAGCAUACGAUGAUAUGCUUGACUAUAAUAGCGACGAAGAAGAUUAUUGUUCCGACGAUGACGAAUUUCUUUUCGGAGGUCAUGGAAGAAUACCUGCCAUAAGGGGUAGAGCUAACUUGCUAGCACAAGCCAAGAGUGUCAAUGAGAGCAAGCUCAAAGGAACUAAGUGCACUGUCUAUUUCACUAAGAAUGGAGAGGUGAUCGGAGAGACUGAUUUCUACCUGCCUCCCGAGGGACUGUAUCCCGUCGUGGCCAUGAUGACUCCUGGAGAGAAAGUCAAAGUGAACUUGAAACCAAUAACUGGUUGAUUGUGUGUGUUCUUGGGUUUUUAUCAUCACAUUGUGUGUUAGAUUUUUAUGUGAUUGUUAUUGUGCAAUGCUGUCCAUAAGAACACUCACGAAUAAUUAAUCAGUUUUUGUUUAAUA